GACAGGUUAAUCUCUCAGUAAGCUGCGCCCGCCUGCACCCCUCAUCCAGCCCUGCACUUCCCAAUCUCCCUCGGCUGAGUUCCGUUCAGCCAGGAUCUCAGCAUCAUGGCUGCUACCGGAACAUUUCGUAUGGUAUCUGAGGAGGAGCAGGCGCUAUGCACUAAACUCGAACAUCUGAGCGUUAAGGACCACGGGCCGGUUUACGGACCCUGCAAGAAACUACCGGAUCACACAAAACAGAAGGCUAAAGAUGAACUGAAUUAAACGGAGGAGAGGAAAGUGUCUUCCAUAAAGGAAUUGAGGGCCAUGAUAAAAGAAAAGGCAAGCAAAGGGGACGAUCUUGCUAAAGCUGUGCAAGAAAAAUUUGAGAACCAACCAGAUUCCCUUCUUCUGAGAUUCAUACGUGCCCGAAAGUUUGACGUGAACAGAGCACACGAGCUUAUGAAAGGUUAUGUGCGUUUUAGGCGAGACUAUCCAGAGUUGUUUGAGAAUUUAACCGCAGAGGCCGUGCGCAGUACCAUUGAAGCCGGAUACCCACGAAUCCUCUCCACCAGAGACAAGUACGGCCGAGUGGUGCUGCUCUUCAACAUCAACAACUGGGAUCUGGAGGAGGUCACUUUUGAUGAAACUCUAUGUGCCUACUGCGUAAUCCUUGAGAAACUUCUAGAAAACGAAGAGACCCAAAUCAAUGGCUUUGUCCUCAUUGAGAACUUCAAGGGCUUCACGAUGCAGCACGCGUCUGGAAUCAAACACACCGAGCUGAAGAAGAUGGUGGACAUGCUACAGGACUCUUUCCCGGCCCGAUUCAAGGCGGUGCAUGUGAUCCACCAGCCCUGGUACUUCACAACCACCUAUAACGUGGUGAAGCCCUUCAUGAAGAGCAAACUGCUGGAGAGGGUUUUUGUUCACGGUGACGAGCUGGAUGGCUACUUCAGGGACUUUGGUGCUGAAAUCCUUCCUCCGGAUUUCGAUGGGACGGGUCCUGACUGUGACAGCAAAGAGACGGCGAUCAAGCUGUUUGGAUCAGAAGAUACAGCCCUUUAAACGACCCAAGCCAAUAGCACAACACUGUAACCUUUUGUUUGUUUAAUAUAUGAUUUAAAUGUUUUAUAGAAACUAUGAAGGAAAUUAUUACAAUUGUAGAGUUUAUUAUUUUAAGCCACUGUAUUACAAUAAAAGUGUAAAAAGCAGGUCCUGUUAACAGAUGUACUUUUGGGAUGACUUAUCUGACAUUUGUUUUAAACAGAGAAACUUUGCUAAAGUGUUUUGAAUUCUUUGCCUUGAAAACGGUGGCCUGCAAUUUAUCAAAAGAAAGUUUUGUACUAGUUGUGUGUUGAAAAUAAGUGUAAUAAUUAGAAUCAAAUGCAUAAACUUGAUUACAAGCCUUGACCAAGAAAUAAUAGGGUUGUUACUUGGCUUGUUGUAUUAAAGCAGCACUAUGUAACUUUUGGCGCUCUAGCGGUUAAUAAACAGAACUGCACACA